AUGGAGCAACUUUUAGAGAAAAAGAAGGUUGUGAAGCCGUUUCCAAAAAGAAAGCAAGUCAUGGAGCUGCCAAGGAAGCAAGUUUUGAAGCCGUUUUCAGAGAGAAGACAGGUUGUGGAGUCGCUUUCAGAAAGGAAGCACGCUGUGGAGUCAUUUUCAGAGACCAAGCAGGCUGCAGAGCCGCUUCAAGAAAUAAAGCAGGCUGUGGAACCGCUAAGGAAACAAGUUCUGGAGCUGCUUUUAGAAAGAAAGCAGGUUGUGGAGCCGCUUUUAGAAAGGAAACAGGUUGUGGAACCACUUCCAGAAAGAAAGCAGGCUGUGGAGCCGUUAAGGAACCAGACUAUGGAGUCCUUUCCUAAAAGGAAAUAA